AUGCACUCAAUCUAUACUCAGGCUUCCAACGUGGCAAUAUGGCUUGGCGAUUUGGGCUGGCCUGGAAAAUACAUCAAGUCCGUUUUCAAGUUCUUCAAGGAGUUCGCGACAGGUCUUACCGCUGAAGGAAUAGUCCCGUCAUAUGCGCAUCUGGUCGACGCCUGGCCUGACGACCUCUAUAUCGAAAACAUUGAGGAAGUCGACGUAGAAUCACUCGACGGCGAAAAUGCUCGUGAGAUUGUGGGAUUGACCGUCGGUCUAAGGUCUUUCAUAAGGCACUGUUGGUUUGAACGGACAUGGACCGUGCAAGAGUUCUUCCUGGCCCAAAAAUCGAUUUUCUAUUGCGGCGGACACACCUUCGACGGAGGCGCCUUCAUGCAGUUCAUGUCGCAUCUUACGAAGCAUGACCGCUUCUGCUGUGCGGUUGACUUGCCUAUCAAAUUUCAGAUCUAUAUCUCGAAUGCUUGCUCGACCAUGGAGGCCUUUCAACAUCUCAAGACGUUUCGUAGCAGCCUCCUGGAGUGCAUUGGGUCCUUUCGACACAGGAAGGCAACAGAUCCGCGAGACAAAAUUUAUGGCCUCCUGGGACUUGGUGCGAGUGACACGAAAGAUCUUAUUCAGCCUGACUAUACUCUCUCUGUGGAACAGGUGUACGAAAACUUCGUCGUAUCACUUCUCGAUCGUACGAAGCAUCUCGACGUCUUCAGCCAUGUCAGAACCGAGCGCCAGCCGAACUUUAAUUUACCGUCUUUCGUGCCAGAUUGGACAAUGGACCUGAGCGAAAUAUACUGGCCAGAACAAAGAGCUUGGUCAAAGCAGUGGUGCCUUCUCGAUGUUUAUGAUGCUUGUCAUGGGAGUAAGGUUGAUUUUAAAGCACAACCAGGAGCCCUCUCAAUCCGGGGCAAGAUUAUAGACGUGAUAAGAACGGUGGCUACCCAAGACCUCGGCGGUUCCCAGAGACAACGUGGGGUCUCAACAUCUGAUGCCAUCGAUGAGUGGCUGAAGAUAGCGAACGUACCACCCCAAGAAGAGGACCCUGGACUGGCUAAACGUGAGUCCUUCUGGGUAGCAAUGUGCGCAGGUAUCGAAAGAAAUUCGAAUGCUUCUCCGGAAGAUUUCAAUGAUUUCAAUGAAAUGCAGCCUACACAAAAAUAUUCGGAUAUCUUCCAUCGGCUGAGCGGUAUCGAGACGGAUCUCCAUGAAGGAUACGAGGAGACUCUCAGAAAAAUACCGGAAACCAAAGAGGCCGGGGCAGUCGUCAUACCAGACCCUUACAGGCCCAUAAACAUGAGCGUAGGGCUCGCUCACAGGAAUCGAAGAGUCAUGGGUACAAGAGACGGACGGGUGGGUUUAGCACCCAAGCAUGCGAGACAAGGCGACGUCGUUGCAGUGUUGACAGGAGGUCGAGUUCCAUUCAUAUUGAGACCAGAGGAACACCAUUAUACUAUUGUUGGGGACGCCUACGUUCACGGUAUCAUGGAUGGCGAGGCUCUCCAGGCAGGUGAAGAGCUCGAGUAUAUAGAGCUGCAUUGA